CUCACGGCACAGUCCAAAAUUUGGCACCUUGCAAGCGGCAUGGAAUCUGAAUAUAGAAACGAUGAAUACACGGUCGCAUGGAUAUGUGCGCUUCAGGAUGAAUUCGAUGUGGCAACAGCAAUGCUGUCGCAUGAACACGGAUUGCCGCAGCAUCUUCCAGAGCGUGACAGCAAUGCCUACAUACUAGGCGAAAUUGGGGAGCACAAGAUUGUUCUCGCAUGCCUGCCAGCUGGCCGAACGGGGGUCCAUUCCGCUGCGGCGGUAGUCGAGAAUAUGCGACGCACAUUCAGUUCUCUUCGCUUCGGUCUUUUAGUAGGCAUCGGCGGCGGUGUGCCGAAUUUAGCGAAUGGUGUCGAUAUCAGACUAGGCGAUAUUGCUGUCAGUGUUCCCCACGGUCCUUACGGCGGAGUGGUACAAUACGACUAUGGCAAGUCGGAGGCUGGUGGCACCUUUACACAUUGCGGACAGUUAAAUUCACCACCUGAAAAACUGUUGUCCUAUGUCUCCAUCCUGCAGAGCUUUCAGCGAAGAUUGAAGAAUCCGAGGAAUCUCGUUAGACAGUUCUUGGACGAGCUUGACGAGUACAGCGAUGAAUACGGAUACCCCGAUAUCGAAGACCGGCUCUUUCGACCAGAUUGUAUGCAUACUACCGCACCAGACCAAGUUGAUGGAUGCAAUCUCUGUGACACCACGCAGUUGGUUCACCGGAAGAGGAGAAGAAACUCCGAUCCCGCCAUACACCUGGGGAUCAUCGCAUCGGGAAACGCUGUCAUACGGGAUAGUACAAAGCGGGACCGAAUCAAUAGCGAGUAUGGAAACUCAAUUAUAUGCUUUGAAAUGGAAGCAGCUGGCUUGAUGAACAACUUUCCAUGUCUAGUCAUUCGAGGUAUCAGUGACUAUGCUGAUUCGCAUAAAAACGACAAUUGGCGUUAUCGUGCCAUCGCCACCGCGUCUGCAUAUGCAAAGGCUCUUUUGACCUUGGUCCGUCCUGCAGAGGUGUCAGCGAUCCCCGAGAUUAGAAAAGUGAUGGCAACUGUUCAGGAAGUCAAUCAAAGUAUCUCCCACGUACAACAACAUGUACAAAAGGGUUUUGGCUAUAUUGAUGAAGAACGCGCGGAACGCGAGCGUAAUGACAUCUUGGAGUGGCUCACACCCCUCGACUAUGGGCCCCAAUUGAGUGAUACGAUCAGGCGGCGUUAUGAAAGUACGGGUGAAUGGAUUUUAACUUCUUCGGAAUACCAGGAAUGGAUCAAUGGCAAGAAGAAGACCGUGUUUUGUCCCGGUAUUCCCGGGGCCGGGAAAACGGUUCUUACAGCAAUAUCAGUCUAUGAUCUUUAUUCUCGCUUUGAGGGCGACAAAGGGAUAGGCAUUGCGUACAUAUUCUUUGACUUUCAGCGGCGCGAUGAACAAACGUUGGAUAAUUUACUCCUCAGCCUUUUGAAGCAGCUCCUUCAGUACCGGAACCCUCUUCCAAAAUCCAUUCAAGAUAUCCAUCACCGCCACAGGACUACAAAGAUCCGUCCAUCUACUAAUGAUAUCGCCACGUUACUAGAAUAUGUCGCCACAACUUUUUCCAAGAUAUUUAUUCUAGUCGACGCGCUUGAUGAAUGCCAGACAGCAAAUGGAUGCCGGAUGAACUUUUUAACCAACCUCCUCAAUCUUCAAGGAAAGGUUAAUUUUCAACUUUUUGCAACUUCUCGAAUUAAUGAGGAAAUAGCAGCUAUGUUUCAAGACUGUUUGACAUUAAGUAUUAGCGCCUCUGCCGCCGAUAUUACAAAGUAUGUGAACGGCCAAAUGAAGCGGCUACAGCCGGAUAUUAUCGAUGACGAAAUCCGAGGUAUGAUCGAAGCCGGUGUACUUGAAGCUUCGAGAGGCAUGUUUCUACUCGCAGCGUUGCAUAUGAAUACACUCGCCGAUCAGCCAACGAGGGGCGACAUUAAGACUACCUUAAAAAAGCUUGCCAAAGGUGUGGAUGGUCUCGAUGCAACAUACAGACAGGCAAUGGAAAGAAUUGAGAGCCAUGGGCUACGCUCUCGUUCUAUUGCCAAAGAGACAUUGUCCUGGAUAAUCCACGCCAAACGGCAACUUUCAGUCGAAGAACUUCGGCAUGCUUUAGCCGUCAGAAUGGGAACUAAGGAGCUUGACAAAGACUAUCUCCCGAGUACCAAGGUACUGAGCUCUGUCUGCGCAGGCUUGGUCACAAUCGAUGAGGAAAGCGGCAUCAUUCGUUUGGUGCAUUACACAACGCUCGAAUUCUUCAUGCGUAAUAAAAAAGAAUGGUUCCAAAACGCGGAUAGUGAAAUUGCUAAGGCUUGCGUGACAUAUCUGUCAUUCGACUCUUUUCAAACCGGUCCAUGUCAAACCGACGAAGACUUUGAGACUCGAUUGCAGGAGAAUGUUCUGUAUGAUUAUGCUGCACGCAACUGGGCCUACCACGCGCAAGACGUGUUAGAUACCACAAUGAGGCAAUUGAUCCUUAACUUUCUAGAGAGAGAUACCAGUGUGUCUGCUUGUUUUCAAACAAUCAUGAUAACCCGGAUUUAUUCAGAGUAUAGCCAGGGAGUUCCAAAGCAAAUGUCAGGUCUACAUCUCGCAGCCUACUUUGGACUAACCGAAUUCGUGGCAGCCCUACUUGCAGCCCGUCACGAUCCAAGUCCUAGAGACGACAAAGGCUGGACGCCAUUACACUGGGCAAUUCGCAACAAGCGAGAAGCCACGGCGAAGCUUCUGGUCGACAAUGGUGCUGAUCCAAGGAGUCGAAGUGACGGCGGAUGGACCCCGCUACACUGGGCGUCUCGAAAUGGAAAUGAGGCUGUGGUGAAGUUACUGCUUGCACAUGGUGCUGACCCGAACUCGAGAUCUGAAGAUGGGUGGACACCGUUACAUGCAGCUGUUGAAAAUUGUGAUGAGGUUAUCUCUCAAUUGCUUCUCAGCAAUGGCGCGUAUCCAGGCCCAGAGAGCGACUAUGACUCUCAAAAUUGGUUUGACGCAGAGCGCUCUGACAAACUUAUGAAAAUGCUGCAUAAGCAGAAUAUUUCAAUUUCCGAGGGUGCGAAAUUAAUAAUGAAAGAUCUUGGCGUUCCAGAAAGUUAUCUUGGCAAUCAUGACAAGACUCCAUGGAUCUCCUUUAAAUGGACUAAGGCCAAAGUGGUCUUCGGUGUUGCCAAGGCUACUGAUCCCGGUUCUCAGGAUGAGUAUUCUUGCAGAACACCGCUACAGUCGGCGGCCAGGAAUGGCUAUGAUAGAUUGGUGAAGCUCCUGGUCGAAAAUGGUGCCGACAUAGAUAGCAAAGACAGCAGCGGCAAUAGAGCGAUACAUCUGGCGGCCGGAAAUGGCCGAGAAGGCGCAGUGAAAAUCCUCCUUGACAGUGGUGACGAUUUGAACUCCAAAGACAACUCUGGGUUAACACCAUUGCACAAAGCUGCUGAGGGGGGAUAUAACACGGCAGUCAAGUUCCUCCUCGAAAGAGGAGCGCUUAUAAACCAAAAAGGAGUUGAUGGUCUGACAGUGUUGCAUGUAGCUGCUAAAAAAAAUCAUCACAACACUGUGAAACUGCUCCAUGAGAAUGGUGCCGAUUUGAAUGAAGUGGACAACGAUGGCCGUACAGCAUUAUAUCUUGCUGCUGUGGAAGGACAUCAAGCACUAGUCGAACUACUACUUGACCUAGGUGCAAAUCUUACGGCUACAACCAACGAAGACAGAACAGUACUUCACUCUAUUGCCGACAUUGGGUCUGAAGAAGUCCUCGACAUACUGCUCGAGCGUGGCGCCGAUGUGAAUGUCAUCAAUGGUUCUAGUCACACCCCUUUGCACUUGGCUUCUAUGAAAGGGCGCGAUAUAGUAGUAAAGAAGCUACUUGACAAGGGGGCUGAUCCGGCACUAGGCGAUACAUGCUGUACACCACUUUAUGCUGCUGCCAACAAAGGGUUUUCUACAACUGUAGAAUUAUUACUGGCGAACGGUGCUCCUCCUGAUCAAGGAAAAGAUACGUUUACGCCGUUAGAUGCAGCAGCAACAAACGGCCACAUAGCCGUGAUGAUGAUGCUGCUUGAGAAAGGCGCUGACGUCAAUCACGAUAACGACCAUAAUAUCAGAGCAAUUCACCUGGCGACGCAGAAAGGCCACACGGCGGCGGUCAAAUUGCUGCUCGAAAGAGGUGCAAAACUCACCCGGACGGAUACAUCGGCGACUCCACUCCAUAUAGCCGCUGAGUGUGGAUUCCCAGUCAUUGUAGAGCUGCUUCUUGACAAUGGGUCAGAUCCAAAUAUUGCCCUUGAUAGUGGUUCGACAUCAUUACAUCGGGCCGUCCGUAAUGAGCAUACAUCUGUGGUAGAGAUUUUGUUAAUAAAGGGAGCCAACCCUAGUAUGAAGGAUGAUGAAGGUCUCAUGCCAUUGCAUAUCGCUGCAGAGCGAGGAAACGUGGCAUUGAUAGAAACGCUGAUUAAACAUGGUGCUGAUACAGAGGCAAAGGAUGAGAGCAACCAGUUAGACCCACUUCAUUGGGCCCAGGUGAAUGGCCGUGAAGCUGCGGUCCUGAAACUGCUGGAACAUGGUGUCGAUUAUUUAGUGGAUAAACGCGGGUCAACGACCCUCCAUUGGGCAGCUCUGGGCUCGCAUGAGUCAGUAGCGAAACUAUUACUCGACAAGGGUGCUCCCUCAAGCCCAAAGACUGACGAGGGUUGGACACCACUACACUCAGCUGUUAUCAAUGGGAACGUCGGCGUAAUGAAGCUGCUCCUCGACCACGGGGCUGACAUGGAGGCUAAUGGACAUAACAGUAGGAUUACUCCUCUGUCAUUAGCCGCAUAUCAAGGCCGUGAAAACGCGGUCAAGCUUCUACUAGAGUACGGCGCCAACAUUGAAUACAAGGGACCUGAAAAUAUGACACCUCUCUUUAUAGCUGCAGUGGAGAAUAACAAAGGAGCGGUAAAAGAGCUGCUUGGAUAUGGAGCCGAUGUCAAUACUGUCGAUGUCAAGGGCCAAACACCAUUAUCCUGGGCUACCGAGAAUAACGAAAAGGAAACUGCUCAAUUGAUUCUUCAAAAAUUCCCCGUUGAAUCUGACGAUUCCGAUUACAGCCACAUCCAGGCACCUUCCGAUAGUGAUUUCUCCCUAAUUUCUCACUGA